ACAAAACACAAUGGAAGGCACUCAGAGAAUUCUGCUGCUGCUGCUGAUGCGGCUGCUGCUGCGAUACAGUCCUACGGUUGGAUGCUGUAGCCGCCCAAGAUGAGCUCUGCAGGGGCGAACUAUUCAGCGGCAUACCUGGCACAGUCGCGUGUGACCGAGGUGACGGUGGCAUACUCGGUCCCGAUCCCUGUUGAGAUCUUGACUACCGUGUGGCGACUCUGGAUCAAACUGCGGCCUUCCUCAGAGCAUGGCUUGACCUUUGACGACUACGUGAUGAUCUGGGCUACGAUCAUCGGUGUUGGCGUCUGCGUCAGUGGAUUGGUUUACGGCCCUCCCUAUGGGUUUGGUCGACAUGUCGCCGCUCUACCAACCAAGGAAGUCGAAACGUUCAUGAUGGGCGACUAUAUCUUCAGUCACUUCUACGACGUUGCCAUCGCCAGCACCAAGCUCUCCGUGUUGGCGUUAUAUUAUCGCAUUUUCAUCACCCCGAAAUUCCGCCUGGUCAUCAUCCUAACCGUAGUUUGGGUAAUUCUAUGGCUCAUGACCAUGGAAAUUGUCCUAGGGCUGGAGUGUCGCCCGAUCGCGAAAUUCUGGAAUUCGAGCGUUGAAGGCACAUGCUUCAACCUUGUCGCUUUCAGUUACUUCACCAACAUUGCGAACCUCGUCACUGACAUCUGGAUCUUUCUCCUCCCCCUACCCAUCAUCCUACACCUCCAGAUCACGAAAAACAAGAAAAUAGGCCUCAGCUUGCUCUUCUCCGUCGGCUUAGCAACCUGCGCAAUCAGCGCAGCCCGACUAACCGUCGUAGUCACCCAGGGCUCCUCCGACUACACCUGGGCCGGCGUCCCUCUCGGCAUUCUCUCCGCCUGGGAACCCCUCGGCGGCAUUCUCUGCGCCAACCUCCCGAUAAUCUACAAGUCCCUGGCUGCCGUACUCCGCAGCAUAAAGGGCACUCUUCGCACCCACGGCUCACGCAGCGCACACCCCUCAUCCACCCAGCGCCAAACGAAGUCCAGCGCCAACAACCAUCACAAUACCUGGCUUCAGCUGAAUAAUGGCAGCGGGGCCGGGAAUAGCUAUCGCUCUGAGAUCUUGGCUUUGAAGAGCAUGGAUGAUGACGAUGAUGAUACGGAGAUGCAGCCCAUGCGGGGGAUGAAUACGAUUAUGGUUGAGAGGCAAUUCGAGCAGGAGGUUAUCGAUCAGCAUCAUGACCCUUCUCUUAAUCAUCAUGAUGGGAGGGAGGGGGAUGAAGAGCCCUUGAGGGGGGGGUAAGUGAUGUUAUUUCUUCCUUGUUCGUUUACAGUAUGCAUGAUAUAGAUAGGUAUAACGUUAGUUUCUCCAUUGUCGCGGUGUAGGGGUCUUUGUAGAGGUCAUGCCUGUUGCAACCUAAUUUACUGUAGCCCUACUACCAACCCUUCGUUAACGCACGUGCGCGUCUACCGCGCAAUGGAAAGGAUAGUACGACGCUACGGUUCUACAUAAAUCACCGCUCAGU